AUGGCUGAAAGAUGUGACAACUCUCGUUCUCUACCCAAGAAGAAGCGUGCUAGGCAUGGUUUUCGGCACCAAAUGGAGCUGAAUUUCGAUACUGAAGAUGCAAAGCAGGCUUUUGUAGCUAGGAUAGAUAGGGCAAAGCGUUCUCUUGCUGCUACAGCUAGAGGCUCAUUGCCCUUGGACAGCAGAGAGCUUAUUUCUGUUUUGUUGGACAAGUUGGAGCAGGAGCAGGAGCAGGCAGGUGCUGUUCCUGAGAGAGAAGACCUACAAUCUGAUAAAUCCAAAGUCUUCCCAAUGUUGGAGAAUUCAGGAAUAUUUACUGGCAAUACUGACGCUAGUGAUGAACAGUUGUUCGUGUGUGAACUGAAGACUUUGUUCUGUCUUUUCACUGGCCUAUCCCAAGCAUGUGACCAGUGCCAAUCUUAUUGUCGUAGGCCGACCAAUUUUCGCCAGAACGGGCAUGUUGUCCGAUUUGAAUUCAAGUGUGGAAAAUGUGGAAAGCGACAGUGGUGGGCUAGCUCGCGAACACUCGGUGGACGAUACCUUGUCAAUCAAAAGAUCGUCCAUGGUUUUACUUGUGCUGGAGUUCUCCCAAGCCAGUACCUUCACUUUAGUAGUCAUGCUGGCUUGGGAAAAGUUAGUUCAUGGUAUAUUUCGUCAAUGUACAAGAAAGGUGGAUACUUAGACGUCGUGAACGCUUGUGCCAAGGCAUCCAUGUUGAGAGCGAUUGACGAAGUGAAGGCAUUACCUGGUUACUCGCAGGACGGUGAGUGGGUAAUAACAGAUGCUCGCCACGACUCAACAGCAAAUGCUUAUCACACGACUGUUCCCUGCCUCUCGGGAAGUACGAAAAGAAUUGUUGGGUGUUCGACUGUUUCCAGGAAAGAACACAUCUGUGCUCAGACUCGAGAAGUAGCGUGUACUAAGAUAGUUCUUCCGGAAGUCAUAGAUAAAGUUAUUUUCAGGCAUCAACAUUAUGAGGUUGUGUUUAUUUUUUGUGGAUAUUAUGUCUCAGGUCUCAAUAUUGUUGAAGUAGCACAUGAUAAUCAGCCUGUAGUCAAGAGAUUUGUCACUGAUGAUCUCAACCUUACAAACUCGUACGACACAUGGCAUGGCACUAAGAAUGUAGCGAAGAAUAUGAAGAAAGUAGCAAUUGGGACCAAAAAGGCUCAAGGAAAGACGUGGUUUCCAGAGUUAUCUGACAAACGUAAAAGUACGAAAGUUCACUUGUACUACUGUAUGAAGAACUGUGAGCAGUCAGCAGACAAUCUAAGAAAGAACAUUCUGAAUAUCGUUAAACAUUAUCAGAACGAGCACUCAGAUUGUAACGAAGCGUCACCCUGUAAGCGUCCAGGGUACAAGCCCACGAAGAUAAAACUAGAGGAUCCUCUUGCAAUCGAGUCAUUCACGUCAGCACUAAAAGACACCCUUAUUUACAAGAAUGCCGAAUCAUAUUGUCGAUGUCGAGACACAUUCUGGGUGGAGUCUUUCAAUCACCAGCUGCUCACAUACAUCUCAAAACGUGUACACUUCGGGGAAGCUACAUUCAACAUGAGAAUGGACCUUGCUAUUAUGGACUGGAACGAGAAUGUACGUAGAGAGUGUACAAGUGAACGACUGGUUCAGGACAUGAGAAGACCGGAUCGUAGGACUCCCAUGAGAGUGCUGAAGGAAAAAUCGUUCAACUUUGCCGGAGAAAUAUGGGAGAAUUACGAGCAGCAGAGAAAAGUUGACCUCAGUGAGUUUGUAGAGGACGUGCAACCUGAGCAAUCAGAUGAGCCAGUAGAUGAAAACGAGGACCUAUUAAACGAUGGUGUACAUGUACUUGACGAAGAUCUUUAUGAAGACAUAUAAAGAAGUAGAAGACUGGAAGUCUGUGUAUGGAACUCCAUCUGGAUUCGGAAAUCGUUCACGCACCUCCUGGAAAAGGUGCAGCACUUCCAAUCAGCCAGCUGGGUGGUCUGGCUCUGACACACGGUGACAGGUGGCAGUACGGGCAGGGACCCUCUCCGUUCAAGACCGGAGGAUCAACGUGAUCAUACCCUCCGGGACCUAAGGAAAGUACCACUCAUUUUAUUCAUAUGUACAGGUUAGUGACAUUCACCUUUCUUAGGCCUCGAAGGACCAGCUUCACCCCCAACUGUCCUUACUCGAGAAACACCUGUGCAAAAGAUAAGUGAUCGUCAUCCAUAUCACGUGAUAAUUAUUGAAAUUAAUUCCUCUAGAAUUACCUCUCUUUGGCCUCUUCACUGGAGGGGGAGCAGCUUCACCACUGAUGGUAGUUUAAUUGUAUUUGAAAUAAUCAUUCUAAUAUUUACUUUCCAGUGUUACCUUCGGAUGGCGCCGAAUCAAUUUCGUCAAGAGUGACGUCGGGAAACAGCGCAAGCAACUUCUGGAACUCCUCCAGAAAGUGCAUGCACUGGAGGAUGCUGGCUGUACCGUACCUGAAGCUGAAUAGAUGUACAUUUUAUCUUCUUUCUUAUUUAUGUAAUGGGCUUCUGUGGUACCUUGAGUCUUGCUUGUUCUGUAUAAGUAGCCAUUAUGUGUUUUUUGUUUGCUUGUGUUAAAAAAAAACCACGUGCAUGUAUCCCCACCCUGGUAUAAAAUGCGCAUGCUUGUUUUAGAGCUGUCUAAA